CGGGGGCGGGGGACAUGUGUGUCCGGAGGGGGGGCAUGUGGGCCCGCAGUGGGGGCAUGUGUGUCCGGUGGAGGCUGCUCGAGGCCCCGUCCUCUCCAGAACGGCCCGCCCCCUUCCCCGGCGCGCGACCCCUUUGCCGCCCGCGAGGCCCGUGGCGACGGGUGUCCGUUGGGCAGAGCCAUGGAGGAAAAGCCUUUCAAAGCGAUGGCCAAGUCUCUGAGCCCCCAUGACUCGAGCAAGUCCGGCUCCAAGGGUGACAUCCGGAACCUGUGGACCAGGGCCACGCUGUCGCAGCCCCGGCUGAACAUCCAGCUGACAGAUGUCUAUGAGGACCUGGACCCGGAGGACAGCAGCGAAGACUGGAAGGCUGGCCAGUGGUACAAGCAGCCCUCAAGCGAUGGGGGCGCCUGGGAGGGAUGGAGCGAGAGGACUGCCGAGGCUGGCACCAGGCAGGAGGAACUGGAUGCCUACACCUCCGAGGAGCUGGAGCGGAGCCCCCAGAGAGGCGAUGUAGAGGGACUUGAGGAUUUCGGGAGCAAGAUGGAUUUCGAUGCCUCCGUGUCAUCAGUCAACAUCAUGAAGCACACACACCACCGAGCCUACUGGAGGGAGCAGCAGAACAGGAUGCCGCUGCCCCUGCUGGAACUCAUGGAGAAUGAAGUCCUGGAAAUCCUCACCAAAGCCCUCCGGAUCCCGCUUCGCACCCCCGGCCCCCAAUCUGUUUGGGGCGCAGGACUUGAAACAAAACCGACAGGGCCCGGCACCUUGGAGAUCCAAAGUUCCCUUAGAGCUCCAGUCCACCAAAUCACCGGUCCUCCCUUCCUCCCAUCGCCCUCGUGGCACCUGCUGCGGGUGAGGCCCCUGUGACUGCCCUGAGCGGAGCUCCCUCCUCCAGCCUACCAGUCGGAGAUCGGCAGGGACCACUUCCUGACCAAGCAGCUGCAGCGGUACAUCGAGGGUCUCCGGAAGCGGCGGAACCGGAGGCUGCACGUCUCCGCGCACUGAGCGUGGCCCCCAGUUCCAGCCCUGCCCGCGCCCCGCCC